AACGACUACAGCUUGAAUAAAACGUCUUGUAGUACAUUUCGACUUGAGAAAAUGGUAUUAGAAAGAAGAUGAGCGAUUUUAACAAGCAACAAGAGUAUGAUACUCGUGCUCCCUCUGGUGGUGGUGAAGGUAAUUGGCUGACCAAGUUACCAAUGGCAACAUACCGUAACAAACGCAUGCGCACAGCAAACAAGCAACGUUUCAAGCCAAGGUAACGUUAAACAUAUUUCUUAAUUUUUAAGUCUCUCAUUUUUAAUUAAGUAACUACGUGGUUUUCAUUAAAUUCCUCAAAUUUCCCCAAAGAGUAAAAGGCUGUCAGUAGGCAAGUCAAUGCUGCAUCUGCAGAUCAAAGUAACUUCCUUCAUUUAUGUCGGAAAGGUCAAUCCGAAAAAAUAGUUUGCUUACUGGCAUUUUGUACUGACUAAAAUCCUUGCCUCAGAAACCUUCUUCAAUUCAAGAGUCUUUUCCCGCUUUGUACACGCUUCGUCUCAAGACUAUUUUUGUGUGUUUCAUUCAUUUUAAGUUCUCUCUUUGUGAACUAAUUAACAUUUUUACAGUUAUUUACGGAUUUCCAAGUUUGUUGAGCUCUCUGUGUCUAGUGGUGUGCUGCAAUGAUGGAUGCGACUGUACGACCCCUCAGAAUCCCACCUGAGAUGGCAAUUUAUGCAGAGAAACAUGACAUAUUUCACCUGGUCCAGACAUUAGUGAGACAUUUGAUGGUGGACAAACCAGAGGACCCCCUUCAAUACCUUAUUAAUUUCCUGAAAAGGGACAGUGUUGAUGUGCCAAGAAUCAUAUUGUUGGGUCCUCCAGCGUCUGGGAAACGAACCAUAGCUAAAAAGUUGUGUGAGCACACGCAGGCUAUUCACGUAACUUUUAGUGAUAUCUUAAAGGACGACGGUGACCUAAGCAGAGCUGCACAGCAGUACCAACACGAAAAUCAGAAGAUCCCCAAAGACCUCUGGAGGCAGUUGAUUCAACAACGCCUAUCAAAACCAGAUUGUGUUCGACGGGGCUGGGUUUUGGAAGCCAUUCCCAAGACGCAAGAAGAGGCGCUACGUCUACAAGAAGCAGGCAUCACCCCAGAUCAUGUUGUGAUGCUGGAAGCUCCUGAUGUCGUCCUGAUUGAAAGGAGCUCGGGCAAGAGGAUAGACCCUGUCACAGGAGAUGUAUAUCACGUCACCUUCAUGUGGCCUGAAAGUGAAGAGGUUGCACAACGUUUAGAAACACCAAGCACACUGAUGUCGGCUGAUCUUAUAGCCAAAAAACUGCAGCAGUUUCACACAGAAGCUCAUGCUCUGAAGCGGACAUACCACAGCUGCCUGAAGACCAUCAGUGCUGACCAACCCCAUGUAGACGUCUUUUCACAAGUGCUGAACUAUGUCUGUACUCCACGUCACUCUCCUUCACCCUACACUCCCAGAAUCCUAUUGUUUGGACCCCCAGGUUCAGGAAAAAGUCUUCAGGCAAAACUAAUUGCUCAGAAAUAUGGCAUUGUCAACAUUUGUUGUGGUGAGCUUCUGAAGGCUGUGUCAGCUGAUGAGAGCCAUAUGGGGGAGCUCAUUAAACCCUACCUGGAGUCAGAACAGCAAGUGCCAUCCAGUAUAGUCCUGCAGAUCCUUACAGAGAGACUGAGCAGGAUGGACUGUACCACACGAGGCUGGGUGCUCCAUGGCUUUCCGCAAGAUGUGGAGCAGGCAGAAGAACUCCAAGAGUCUAAUUUCAUACCGAACAGGGUCUUCUUUCUGGAGAUGACUGAUGACAUUGCUAUCGAAAGGGUAACACUUAGAGGUGUGGAUCCUGUGACUGGAGAAUGGUAUCACAGCUUGUAUAAACCUGCUCCUGGUCCAGAAGUGCAGGCCCGGCUUCUAUAUAAACCGCAGCAUUCAGAGGCACAGCUCCUGAGGAGGCUUAAAGAGUACUGGAACCAUGCAGCGGACCUGCAGGCCAUCUAUCCACAGGCUGUGUACAUCAACGCUGACCAGGACCCACACACAGUGUUUGAGUCACUGGAGAGUAGGCUAGUGGGCCAGCUACCCAAAGUCCUGUCUAACUGAAAAACAUAUGAGGGCUAGACCUGUUAUAGAGGUACUCCACCCAAAAGCAAUAUCUCUAACCAUUUACUCACUCUCAUGCCAGCAAAGGUGUAUGACUUUCUUCAUUCUGUAGAACAAAAGCUUAGAUUUUUAGAAAAAUAACCCAUCUGUGUGAAUCCAUAUGAUGCAAGUGAAUAGGACCCUCAAAGCUGAUGCUUCAAAAACCAAACAAAAUGAACAUGACGGUAGCCCAUAUGACCCCUAUAGAUGUCUAAUGAAGUGAAAAUAUUGGUGUGUAUAAGAAAAAUACUAAUAUUUUCAACUUUUUUUCAGUAUAAACUGUCAAUUCUGGCCACUUUAGACAACUGUCAAGCAUUAGCUCAUAUGACAGAUGGCUGGAAGUGAUGGUUUAUAGUUCAAUGUUUAUAUACAAGUUUAAAAUAUUAGUAUUUUUCUCACACACACCUGGCAUUUUGCUUCAGAAGAUAUUGAUUCAUUCACUGGUGUUGUAUUUGUUUGUUUCAUGUAAAUUGCAUCAACCUUGAUGGUCCCAUCCAUUUACAUUAUAUGAAUUCAAAGAGACUGUUUUUCUGUUCCACAAAAGAAAGAAAGCCAUACACAUCUUGGAUGCCAUGACAAAAAAAUGUGGGUGGAGUAAAUUUUAGUUCAAAUUUUAGAUUUCUCAGUUUUUUCUCCAUUGUUCAUAAAUCUGAUAAACUGCUUAUGAAUUUGUCUUUGGUCAUCUUUUCUUGGUAUAUUUCUCUUAAAUUUUAAUGAACACUGCCACAUCUCCAAAUUCAUUGUGGGAGAAAUACAUUACUCAACGAUGUAGUUGUUCUUGCCAUCUGACCGUGUGUGAACUCAUGGGAG